UAAUUAAAUAAUAUAUAUUCAAUGGCGAAUGAGUGAAUCACGCAUCUCUCUUACGAUACGAGAGACGAGUAAACUUACCCCUCUGCCCUUGUCAAUUUGUAUAAUUUCCUCACAAAUUGACUUGUUAUCACUUAUCAGGAAGACAUUAUUCAGUUUCAAAGAAAGGAAUAUAAUCCGAAAACCCGUUCUGAAUCACGUCCUGAGAAGAAACUUAUGUGAAACGAAACGCGAAUUGUAUCAUCUCUGUGAUUAUGGAUUUCAAUGUAAAAAAGUUGGUCAAAGAUGCAGGAACUGCCAUCAGUCGAGUGGUCCAGCUCACUGAAGAGAAACUCGGUACGUCUGAAAAAACCGAGCUCGAUUCACAUUUCGAAAAUUUAGCCGAACGAGCCGAUGUUACUAAAAGAUGGACGGAAAGAAUAGUCGGAAAUACAGAAGCAGUUCUUACACCAAAUCCAGGUAAUCGAGUCGAGGAUUAUUUAUUCGAGAAAAUAGAUAAAAAGAAACCUAAUCGAUUAAGCACACUGGAAUAUCUCGGAAUUGAUAUGAUCGAAGCUGGCAACGAAUUUGGACCCGGAACAUCUUACGGAAGCGCAUUAAUUAAAGUUGGACAAUGUGAGCAAAGGCUCGGAAGUAUCGAAAGAGAUUUUAUCCAUUCUGCUAAUCAAUCAUUCAUCGGGCCAUUGCAUAAAUUUCUAGAUGGUGAAAUGAAAACCAUUAGUAAAGAGCGAAGCAUACUCGAAACUAAACGACUCGAUUUGGACGCUUGCAAAAACCGUGUUCGAAAAGCCCGAAAUAUGCUUGGUACUCCAGCUAACAAGGACGGUAUUACACCGGAAAUGGUAUUACAAGAGGCAGAACGAGAUUUACGCGUAGCUCAGUCGGAAUUCGAUAGACAAGCGGAGAUCACGAAACUACUCUUGGAAGGCGUCAGUAGCUCUCAUUCUGCUCAUUUACGUUGUUUACACGAAUUUGUUAAUUGCCAAGCUCGAUAUUACGCCGAAUGCCAUCAAAGAAUGCAAGAACUCCAAAAAGAACUAUCCGACUCUGGAGAUUACAAACCGAUAACUAGAGUUUUUAGCGAAGAAAUUGAUCUUUCUUCACAUGCCAUUGUUGAUAUUCCUUUAAUGUAGGCUUUCAAGUCGUUUCUGAAUCUUCGAAUAUUCUAGUUGAGUUUAGGUUAUCUACCUAUCUUUAUGCCUUCGCUGCUUUUAUCAUUUUGGAAAAUUUAAAAUAUCAUUUGUUACCGUCUUCUUAUAUUGUUAUGAUUGAUCGUUUUUCCUUUUUAUCUAUGUUUUGCCUGGUGAUUAUUAGUUUUCAACUCUUUGAUCAGUCGAUGACUGGAAAUUAAUCGUUAUUAAUCGCGCUAAUCUGAUCGUUACGGUCAAUUAUAAAUUGAAAUCAUUCGCAUCGCGAGAUGAUUAUUUCAUGUUAUAUAUAUUUUUUCAAUCAACGGUUAGAAGUAGAAUACCUAAAGUUGUUCGUUAGCAAAUCAGCUGAUUUUUAACUUCAUUUUUUUAAUAUGUUAUCGUUUUAUUUAUAUUAUUUUUGUUUUCAUUUGUUAUUUCAACAUAUAAUAUUAUUGAAAAAAAGUUGGAAUUUUUAUUUAGUCUUUUUUAAAGAUCAAGGUACGAAUUAUUUUUCAAAUACCUAAUUGAACGGCGGAAUUGUUGUGAUCAUCUUGUGUGGUGAAAUUGCAUUUGGUUCGUUUUUAUCAUAAUACAUAGGUAGUUCGUUUUCAUCGCUGGUUUCGUAAUUUUAUUAAUAUCGUAAUAGAAUGACAUGAAGUUUGGGUUAACUUUGGUAGGUUAUACAUUUUUUCUAAAUUGAGUAAGUAAUUAUUGGUAGAAGUAUCGAAGUGUAAUUGUAAAAAGUAAUAGCUUCCCACAACCGAGUAAAUUAUGAGUAAAUCAAGGUUAGCUUUUUAGUGAAGUAGAAAUGGCAUGAUGUAGGAUUAAUAUUAGUACUUAAUCGAUAGAUAUUUAUCUUCCAAUCGAACCUUUACAAUUCGUAAACUUCAAUCGAGCUGAAAUUUGGUUCACUGAAAAAGCAUGUCACUCAAACUUCAGAACCAAUUUUUCAUUUUCAAAUCGCUCCGGAAGGCGUUGUAAUCAACUUCGGCAGUUGAAAAAUAAUUAAUCUUAUCAUAAAAUCAAGAAUUCGAAGUGACGAGUUGAAAAGAGUAUUUUUUCACGAGUUAAAAAACCUUAAAAAUUGAUUUAAAAAGCUCUCUGGAGCAAUUUGAAAUUGCUGGAGAAAAGUCAACUUUUGCUGGAUGGAGGCUCCAGAUCGACUGGGAAAUGAUGUCAAUUGAUUCGAGAGAUCGAUUUUACGAUAUAAAAUGAUUUUCAGAUUUCUAUCUCCCGAAGUCGAAAAGUCAACUUCAGCUACUGAAAAUUUGGUUUUGAGGUCUGGGUGACAUGUGUUCUUUCAAUGAGCCAAAUUUCAGCUCGAUAAGGGUUGACGAGUUGUAAAGGUUCCCUUGGGAAAGAAUAAAGAACAUAAAAUAUAGAGUAGUUAAUCAAAGAUUGAAAAAAGAGUAGAAUAAAACGGUUACGCGUGAUGAAGUAGGCUUAAAUUGAUAGUGAUAAGAAUAAUAUGAUAAUAAUGCAUGGUAUUUUUAUGCUUC